AUGGCCGACCCUCGAACCACCAUCCAGCAUGCGUUUGAGAAACUCAAACUUUCAGUUUCUGUCGACGACGCACACAAGUUUGCGUCUACCGAGCUCGAAGAUGUCUGGGCGACACUCCGGGACAUUGAAGUGAAGCAGAGGCAGCGUCGUUCGGUUCAGAACCUACGUCGAGUAGAGCCAUUGCUUCGGGGAAUCGAAAAAUAUAGAAAAGUUAUUGAAGUUUUGUGUAAUGGGACUCCUUACAUGCCCUAUGUCUGGGCACCCAUUAAAUUAAUGCUUGAGAUCGCAAGUAAUCACCGCGACGUCUUUGAAGCUCUGUUGUCCGCUUAUGCCGAUAUCGGUGCUGCUCUUCCGCGGUUCGAUCGAUACAAAUCGGCUUUUGAUGAUAAUCUGGAGUUCCAACAAGUUCUAGCUACGGUCUAUUCCAGCAUCCUUGAAUUCCAUCAACGGGCAUACAAGUUUUUGACAAGAAGAGCUUGGCAUCUCCUCUUCUCUUCUCUAUGGACUGAUUUUGGCGGCCGUUUUGAGUGCAUCAUCAAGUCACUUAAGCAGCAGCGAGAUUUUGUUGACAAAGAAGCCGUCUCCUUCCACAUCGUGGAAUCGAAACUAUCCCGCUGCGCAAUCCAAGAUCAACUCCAACGAGCACAAAAGAAGGAACUUGAUCAAUUGAAAGACAAGGAAGAAAAUACAAGGCAGCUGCACAUGAAACAUUCCAUUUCCUGGUUGUCAAUUGAUGAAAAGAACCAAGAAAUAGAGUAUGAGCGGACUUCUAGACGACGUCACCUCAACACCUGCGAGUGGAUCACGGAAGACCAACUCUACAGAUCCUGGAUCAAAGAUGAUAAUCUUCAUCUAUGUCUAUGGCUUGAUGGAAAACCUGGAUCAGGGAAAAGUGUUAUGUGCUCUUACUUCGUUGAGUCUUUGAAAAAUGUCCUAGGAUUGACUUCAUGUUACUACUUUUGUCACAGCUCAGAUCCUGGGAACGUCUGUGAAAAUAUCCUUAGCACAAUAUGUGUCCAGAUAUUAAGACAGCAUCCCAGCAUAUCUACGCUCGUUGCGAAUGAAUAUGUCUAUCGAGGAUUAGGAUGUGUGAUGUCUCAGCUCAAACAAUUGGUACCAAAACUUCUGGCAAUCACCGGAUAUACCAGAGUUGUGGUUGAUGGUCUAGAUGAAUGUUCCAUGGAAAACCAAAAGUUGAUUUUAAAAGAACUUCUAGCUGUAUGCGUAGGCCAAGGUCUACAAUGCAAAAUUUUACUAUCAAGUAGGAGGGAAACCCACAUUCGAAAGAAGUUAGAAGCAAAGCCCAAUAUAUCGCUUGAUGAACGAGAGGAAGUGAACUGGGAUAUAGGGACUUUUGUAAAGCACAAAAUGGCUAAGAUCCAGACAUCUAACCAAGGACUACGGGAGAUGCUAGAGGAAAUGCUCGUCGAGAAAGCGAAUGGCAUGUUUCUGUGGGUUCGAUUAGUCAUAGAUGAGCUUCGAGAUUGCUACAGUGACUUUAUGCUAGAAAAGACCGUCAAAAGCAUGCCGAAAGGCCUCAAAGCAGCCUACGGUCGCAUUCUUGAUAGAAUUAUGGAUCCUAAAAACUCGCGCAAUGCAAGGGAUAUGGCUAUUCGAAUCUUGGGAUGGAUGGCGUGCUCUUAUCGAGUGCUGAAACGUCACGAACUUCUGGAUGGCAUCGCCUUGGAUUUUUCGAACACAUCUCUGAACGAAUAUACCCGAGUUCAAGCGCAAAUAAUGGACCUCUGCCGUCCACUCAUCGAAGAUGGUCCUGGUAGUACUGUUGAUUUCGUUCAUUUCUCGGCUAAAGAAUAUAUUCUCGAAGAAAACUAUCACGGGGCACGACCUUUUAUAUGGACCGAGAAGGCACAGUUGGAUAUCGCAUACUCAUGUGUUACGUUCCUCAACUCCUGCACAAUGCUGCUUCCGUCGAAAUCUACUGAGGUCUCGAGAGCCGCCAUUAUCGUACGGGGGUUUCAUGGCCUCCUAGCAUAUGCCGAUAAAUUUUGGCACAAGCAUGUUGUGGCAUACUUGAUUUCGCGAACACUGCAACAUUGCAAUCUAUCUCAAGAUCUCUUGAUCCAACUCCAGUACCUUCUAAAAUUUAGGAAAGACAGUUGGAAGCCGAAUCCGUUAAUCCUCGCUCAAGAUGAGCAAGGACGUGCACUGUCACAACUUGAUCACUAUCCCGAAAUCCAAAGUUUCAUUAAUGAUACGUUAGCUUUUCGACUUAAACAACUUGAUGUGGAUAGUCUAGAUAAAUCCCCAGAAGUAAUAUCGACGGACGCUUGCGAGAAAGAUUCUACUUUCUUCAGUACCCUGCGGAGAAAUUAUCAACUUACCCUCGAGUCUCUUUUAGAGAAGGAUGCGGCGAUAGCCUAUCCCGAUAUAGACCAAACUGUCCUGAAAAGCUUUCGUGGGACAUUCGGCUCUUCUGGAUUCUUUUGUCGUUUCCUACAUUGUGCUUUGAGUUCGGACGGGUUCGAAUCAUCGUAUAAACGAGACAGCCACGAAUCACAGCACCAACGUCGUUUUCGAUGCGGAGACCCUUCGUGUGCAUUUUUUGCUAGUGGAUUCAUGACUCGGACCCUCCUAAAAAAGCACAAUGAAAAGUAUCAUGCAGCCUUGUCUGUAGGACCCAGCCUAGCUGAUAGCUUGAGAGAACAUCCGCAUGUGGCAGCGGCUGUUGAGACAUCCCUUCAUGGAAGUUAUGGCGCGCGAAAUGGACCACUGACUCCAAAUAUAAGAGAGGGGCAGACCGUUGCCCUGAAUCAAGAAGCAUACGUUGAUGUAAUCCAAGGACCGCACCUUGAUUCCAAUAUUCGGGAGUCUUAUAGCAACAUAAUACCUGCCAAGGAUCGCCAAGCUUUUCCCAAUGAGUUGCGUGUAUUUACGGACACUUUACUUCGGGCUGGCUGGAGAGUACCAUCACCAGAUAUUGAAACUUGGGGACAGCUCAAACUUUGGGCUCAGAAUAAUAAAGCGCCUAGCUUGUUCGACAAAGUUCACAUCCUAUAUUCUAUACAUCAGCCAGAACAACCCACCGCUUGGAGAGACCCGCCUAAUGUUUGGUGCUGCCCCGAUCCUGGGUGCAGCCGCUUUGGAGUGCCGUCUUUUAGUAGUUUAGGGUUGCUUGAACAACAUUGUGAUGAAUUACACGACGUGUCGUUUCUAGAGCCCGACAUUUCCCGGAUAAAGUCACCCGACUUAUUCAUGAAGCGGACAUUGAUUCCAACUUCUGUUGAGCCAAGGGAACUUGCAAGUAUUUACGACGACUAUUGGUUAACAGCUCCAACCGAAGUGGAAUCACAAAUAGGCAAAACUCAAGUUGCCCAACAAGCCGGUAACGAACAUCCUAGCUCAGAAUAUUUCCUCAAGAUAGUAAGCGACCACUUUUCGGAGUCGGUGUUGCAUGAUUCUGAGUCAGUGGUAGAACAAAAUUCUACAAAUCCAAGCACCACAGAUGUCUCAUAUCCAACGGCGUCGAAAAGAUCACUAACGCCAUACGGUUCAUCAAACAUGGACGUGUCGGCUCCAAUUCAAAUCAAGAUUAACGUUGACAGCGCUCACGAACCGACGAGUAUACAAAAUCUCCUACAAUCACCGCUUAUGCAGGCUCCGGAUCCUUUUUACAGCUCCCUCCUCACAGCACCGAAUGCCCAUAGUGGGUUUGAAACAACGGACCAUGAUUGGAUGCCUUUCGAAUACCCUUCUUUGGCCGUUAACUCUACUGAAGAAGCCUUUGGAGAUAGAUGGACCGAACCAGAGGAGGAACAAGAAAUUGAACUGAAGGAGUAUCAAUAUCAGCUGUCCCAAAAGAAUUCGGGGAUAUUCCCCACGGAUCGGUAG